GAACAAUCCCAGCCAAAGGUCGCUUCCUGUGCGGCUUUUCUCCUGACGAUAGUCAAGGAGAAGUUGUCAGCCAGGGAGCCCCAGGACGGAUUUUUACUUAAGACAAGUCACUCUGCUCCUGCGCGGAUGGACGGGAAUGGAUUGGAAGGAGCAAGCCGUGAGGUCUGCCCCCCGACUGUGAAGCUGGAGCCCCUUCAGGGAGUGAACAGGAGCUGGAGGCUACUCUUGUGCCAAUGACCUUUCCUAAUUCCUCCUUUACCUUGGAAGACAAUAUGUGUGAGGCGAACAAGACCACCAUGGCCAACCCUAAACUGAUGCCCCUGGUGGUGGUCCUCAGCGCUGUCUCCCUGGUCACGGUGGGACUCAACCUGCUGGUCCUGUGUGCUGUGCGCAGUGAGCGGAAGCUACACACGGUGGGGAACUUGUACAUCGUCAGCCUCUCGGUGGCUGAUCUGAUCGUGGGGGCCAUCGUCAUGCCCAUGAACAUCCUCUACCUCCUCAUGUCCAGGUGGUCCCUGGGCCGCCCACUCUGUCUCUUUUGGCUUUCCAUGGACUACGUGGCCAGCACAGCGUCCAUUUUUAGUGUCUUCAUCUUGUGCAUCGAUCGCUACCGCUCUGUCCAGCAGCCCCUCAGGUACCUGAGGUAUCGAACCAAGACCCGAGCGUCGGCCACCAUCUUGGUGGCCUGGCUUUUCUCCUUCCUGUGGGUCAUUCCCAUUCUGGGCUGGCAUCGCUUUGUAUCACGGACCUCAAGGCGCCGGGAGGACAAGUGUGAGACGGACUUCUAUGAUGUCACCUGGUUCAAAGUCAUGACCGCCAUCAUCAACUUCUACCUGCCCACCCUGCUCAUGCUCUGGUUCUAUGCCAAGAUCUACAAGGCUGUGCGGCGGCACUGUCAACACCGGGAGCUCAUCAAUGGGUCCCUCCCUUCCUUCUCUGAAAUUAAGCUGAAGCCAGAGAACCCCAAGGUGGGGGCUAAGAAAGCAGGGAAGGAGUCUCCCUGGGAGGUUCUGAAAAGGAAGCCGAAAGAUGCUGGUGGUGGACCUGUCUUGAAGCCCUCAUCCCAAGACUCAGUGGAGAUGAAGUCCCCAGGUGUCUCCAGCCAAGAGGAUGGAGAACUGGACAAAUUCCAUUGCUUCACACUUAACAUUGUGCAGACGCAGAUGGAGGCAGAGGGGAGCAGCAAGGGAUAUGUAGCCGUCAUCCACAGCCAGAGCCAGCUAGAGAUGGAUGAGCAGGGCCUGAACAUGCGUGGGGCCAAUGAGAUAUCAGAGGAUCAGACCCUGGGUGACAGCCAGUCCUCUCGGACAGACUCAGACACUCCUACAGAGCCAGUGCCGGGAAAAAGCAAACCGAGAAGUGGGUCUAGCACAGGCUUGGAUUAUAUCAAGUUGACUUGGAAGAGGCUCCGCUCACAUUCAAGACAGUAUGUGUCUGGGUUGCACAUGAACCGAGAAAGGAAGGCCGCCAAACAAUUGGGUUUUAUCAUGGCGGCCUUCAUCCUUUGCUGGAUUCCUUACUUCAUCUUCUUCAUGGUCAUCGCCUUCUGCAAGAGCUGCUGUAAUGAGCAUGUGCACAUGUUCACCAUCUGGCUGGGCUAUAUCAAUUCCACACUGAACCCCCUCAUCUACCCCUUGUGCAACGAGAACUUUAAGAAGACAUUCAAGAAAAUUCUGCACAUUCGCUCCUAAGGGGUUUCAACCCAGUGAUGUGUAUGAUGUCCCUGAAGGAAAUGGAGGAGGAAUGCCUGUGUGUUGCCAGGCACCUGAGCUUUCUGGAGUCAAAAGAAUAAGUCACAGGGGCUGCCAAGUAGUUUGGAAAGUUCAUGGUUACCACUGGAAAAACAGCAGAUGGUGGUGGUCAGCAGAGAGAUUGUACUCUGAGAGCAGACUAAUUCCAAUAGAACUGGAGCUGAAUGAACUCUCCUGCUCCUGGGGAAAUAUGGGAACCUCAGACUCUCCUUGCAAGUCAAGCUUUCAGAUUCGAAUUAAUGGGCCAUUGAAGAGCCGUGUGGGUAGAGUUCCACUGGAGAGGUAGACAGAACUCUGGAGCCUUCCUGGAAUGGAGCUGUGUGACUAUACAGAGACCUUAUAACAGACACAUGCUGUCCCCUGCCAGGGGUCACCUUGAGAGGCAUGACAGCUAUUCGACUGUGACUGCCACUUCUCAGAACACCUCUCUUCUGAGCCUCUUUUACAGCAUUCUCCAGACCCAGUGUCUGAACCACUCUGGAAAUUCUGCCUUAUUAUUUCUCACUCACACACAUCUUGGAGCUGAUAGGAAAUUAUGCAGCUUGCACAUCCAUCAUUUCAAACCCAAAUUCCUUUCUGCUGUUAAAAAAGGUUAAAUGCUGUCGUCAAAAAAAAAAAAGAGAAAAGGAAUUUUUUUUUUGAUGGUUGCACAUUAAAAACAAAAAAGGAGAGUGGGGAGAAGAAAGUCAUAUUUCUUGAGGGCUGUGCCAAGUUGAUUGCAUUAAAGCCCCAUGUAACCCCACAACAGGAGGAUGGUGUCACUAGAGAAGCAAUUUGAAGUGCAGCAAGGUCAAAUUAGGUGCCUGAGAUCAUAGAGCUAGUUAUAUGAGAGCUAGAAUAAACAUCCUGUAGUUUCAGCUAAUUAUAGUACAUUUUCUCCAAAAGGCAAGAAUUUGUCCUAUUUAGCGUGUGCAAAGGCAAGAAUUUGUUCUAUUUCACAUGCGCACGUGCACACACACACACUAUUCCCUAGAGGGGUGGCAGUUCUCAAGAGUGUAUUGAGGUGGAGUUCCCUUGUGGUGCAGUGGGUUAAGAAUUCAGCCUUGUCACUGCAGUGGCUCAGGCCACUGCUGUGAGGCAGGUUUGAUCCCUGGACUGGGAACUUCCAUAUGCUGUGGGCAUGGCCAAAAAAAAAAAAAAAAAAAAAAAGAACAUACUGAGAGGAGCAGUAAUAGCUGAUGUAGAAGAUGUCUGUGGCCAUCUAGGUGAUACUUUUGAAGAGACAGUGUGCAUUUACAUCCCUGAGUUUUGUGUUUGUUCAAGAAAAGUCAUGUUCUUUAUGGUCACACCUCUUAACUAAAAACUAGCAAAGGCAUGGGAACAGGCAGUUUUCCUUGAUGUUUAUGUUGCAAUCUGGUUGUUAUUUGUAUUUUAAAACUUGAUGUUUAAUAUAUGUAACCAUACCAGUGGGAGUACCUAUACAAGCUGAUAUUUUAUGUCUUGUGUUCCCAUUUGCAUGAUCUGUUAAAAUGAAAGAUUUUUAUCUAUCUAAAAUAUUAUAUUUGAAACUA